AGUUAGGUUGCGGGGCAGCUGGAGCCGGGACUGCGGUCACACACACCCACACACACACAGAGAGAGAGAGAGGGAGAGCGGUGCAGGUCCUCAGUGCUCGUGUGGUUGUGGAGGGUUGAGACCAGAAGCCAUGGACCGCUGUGUGGCGGUCUGGGCGCUGAUGGCCUUCCUGUGCGCCAGCGACGCCCAGUACGAGAAGUACAGCUUUCGCAGUUUCCCUCGGGACGAGCUGAUGCCGCUGGAGUCCGCGUACCGCUACGCGCUGGACCAGUACACGGCCGAGAAGUGGCUGGAGACCGUGGAGUACCUGGAGAUGAGCCUCAGGCUCUACCGCCUGCUCAAGGACAGCGAGGCUUUCUGCAACCUCAACUGCAGCACCGCCCGACUGGACGACGAGAGCCACUUCGGGCAGUUCACCGAACUCAAGGUCUUCGGCAACUUAAUGAAGAGAGCGCAGUGCCUGAAGAGGUGCAAACAGGGGCUGCCCGCUUUCCGGCAGUCUCAGCCCAGCAAGGACACCCUGGAGGACUUCGAGAAGCGAGAGCCCUACAAGUUCCUCCAAUUCGCCUACUAUAAGUCAAACAACAUCCCAAAGGCUAUAUCGGCAGCACACACCUUUCUUCAAAAACACCCCAAUGAUGAAAUGAUGCUGCGGAAUAUGGCUUAUUACAAGAGUCUGCCAGAGGCGGAUGAUUUCAUGAAGGACCUGGAGAUAAAAAACUACGAGAACCUGUUUGUCAGAGCAGUAAAAGCAUAUAAUGGUGAGAACUACCGUACUUCUGUCACAGACAUGGAGCUGGCAAUACCUGACUACUUCAAAGCGUAUGAUGAGUGCAUUGCUGCCUGUGAGGGUGCUCGAGAGAUCAAAGAGUUUAAAGAUUUCUACCCUUCUAUAGCAGACCAUUACACUGAGGUUCUGAAGUGCAAAGUGAAGUGUGAACACGAACUGACUCCUGUUGUCGGAGGAUUUUUUGUGGAGAAGUUUGUAGCCACAAUGUACCACUAUUUGCAGUUUACUUAUUACAAGUUAAGUGAUAUGAAGAAUGCUGUUCCAUGUGUAGCAACCUACUUGCUAUUUGAUCCAGAUGAUGAAGUGAUGAAGCAAAAUAUGGUGUAUUAUCAAUUUCACAAGGAGAACUGGAGCCUCACUGAUGAAGAUUUUCAGCCCAGACCAGAGGCCUUGCGAUAUUUCAACCAGACUACGUUUCAGCGCCAGAUGUAUGAGUUUGCCAUGGAGCAUCUGCAAGAUGAUGAUGAGGGUGAUGUGAUAGAAUAUAUCGAUGAUCUUCUGGAAGUACAAGGGCCUAGCAAAUCUCAGUGACAAAAUCUGGUCAGCGACAUUAAGCAACAAGUUUGAACAUUCAGAUUUAUACAGAAACUGGCGAAAAGCACACACUUCUUCUCUAUUCCCUCCACUGUUUGAGGAUAUUUAUCCACCCCGAGCGCACACUGAAGAACCUGCAACUGCAUGUCCAAAUGACCUCUGCUGGUUCAUCACCACAACUUUCCUAAAUUCUCCAGUUUAGCUUACAGAGGUGCCUCUUUGUAGUUCUUUGCUGCAUUGUCUCCUAUCUAGUGUCGAUAGCUGUUGAUAUAACAGGAAGCUGUUUUUGUUUCUCACUCUAUACUUCCCAAUUUAGUUUUCUCUGUGAUAGUGUAGAAAUGGUUUGUUUCUGCAGCUGAAUUUCAAUAACCCAAGGCAAUCACUGCCUUUCUCCCAUUUGUUCUGAGGCUGCUUUCCUGUAAGGAGAUGUAGUGAUGCUUGAAUGUCUCUGCAGGAAUAUUGCAUUAACCAUGGGUUCUUGUUGAAUGAAGAACUCUUUUUAAAGCCGAUUUCCUCCCCUUCAAUCAGAAUAUAAUCUUGCCUUUUCAGUUCUAGUUAAAACAAACCACAAAUAAUAAUUGAUUUAACUACUAUUCGGCCCUCUUUGUUUCUUUGCUCGCAUUGCUGCUGCACGUUGCUUAAGACUGUUGCCUUGAUCAAAUUAAAGCCAGGCAUAACAAUAAUUAGUUAUAUUGGGUAUAACAUCUAUCAGCAAAAUUCCCUAUUUGGCAUCAUACAUAAAGGACCUUCUGCCUAACAAAAACAAUUUGGGGAGAUUAUAUUUAAGAAAGGCACUGCAUAAUGUGAUUGUUACUCUGCGUAAUAAUUUAAGUGUUGCAUUUGAAGUUUGAAAAUAUUCAAAGGGGGAAUGAUUUCGGACGCUGGAUAGAUCCACGUUAUUGGACAAAAGAGUUAAAAUAAAACUUUCAUUGUCUUUAUAGUUGUAGAAUUUAGAAUUAUUCAGGCAGGAAACUCGUAUAUGUGUGUCGAUUAUAAUCCUGUGGAAAGACUCUAAACCAAACUGGUUUUAUACUUUGCUACAGUUAGCUGCAAUGUGAAGUGCCCGUGCCAGAGAUAACAUUGACUCAUUUAAUAAUGUUUGAACAUAGAAGCUUGAUGCAGUUUGUAGCAUGGCAGUGAGAAAACCCCACAACCAAUCCUUCAUUUGAGCUGUCGGGCGUCUGGACAUUUGGUUGAGAGCCAUGCUUCAAACAGCAACUCCUUUUAAGCAGAGGUGUGGGGGCUUGAAUAACCCAGUGUAGAAUACGCUCAAAUAUUUAAAGUUGGUGAAAGAUUAGAAAUUCUCACAAAACAACUGUAGCUUUGAUAACUCAAAUGUACAAUCUUUAUGAUGUUUUGGAAAAAAAAGUAAAUUUAAUGUCAUUUCAAUUUGCAAGAGAGCAUGUAUUAUUGGAAGUCUGGCAUAAUGAAUACCUUUGUUCCUUAUUGCGACCAGGUUGAUCAAAGUUGCCCUUAAAUUCUUUCUAUAUUUAUCUCAGGUCACAAACUCCCUGGUCUUUUUAUGUAUAGUCUAAACUAGUUGAAAAGACAUGAAAGAAGUAAUGCCAUGCAUGUAUGUAACUUUUCAGAUUUAUUUUUGAUGAUAAUUUAAAGCAGAUUGUCAAGACAGAGCACAAACAAUGUGGGAAAAGUCACCUUGUGUAUUGACCCAAUAAUCUUUCGCAACAUAGCACAGUAUAAUCCAACGAGGGCUUUCUGUUUUUCACCUCUUCCUCUGUUGACCGUGAAUUGUAUGUCCUGCUGAUAAAUCUUGCUUUUGUUUUCUUCUUCCUCAAAUCAUCUUAGUGAAACAGAUUUUUCUUAUAUAUGUAUUACUGCCGGUACGUUCAAUUUUGUUACAUUAUAAAAAGAAGUUGGAUAAGAACUGUACAACUAAAUUGGUGCCUUAAUACUAAUAAAAAUAUUUUUUACUUUUUCUGAAAA